ACAAUUUUCUCCCAUUCAUUUUAUCCAAUUGAACGUAAGAAAAUUUCCCAAAAGUAAGGAAGAAAGAAAAGAAACAACAGCAGAAAGAGUGUGGAAUAUGACCACAAAAACCCAACCCAAUUAGAUAUACCAUUCUCGGCUUCCAUUUUCCAAUUUUCCAUUUUAUGAGAGCUUCUCUUUAUCAGAUAUGGCCGUUUCAACCUCUUGCCUGAGUUGGGUUCCCACCACUGCAUCCAAUUGGAAGCUGAAGUUGCUUCCUUUCAAUGAGCCUACAACAGCUACUUCUUCAUUUUCUUCCUCUAGUACCAUCAAUUGCUCAAUUGAGAGAACUUCUCGUGAUGAAGGCAUUUACAAUAGAAGGCCGCUUUUGUUGGGAGUUGGAGCUCUAGCUACAAGUUUACUGGGUGCGAGUCCCCUCUUUGCUCAAGUCCCAAAGAAUUAUCGAGCAUUUGUAGACUAUACAGAUGGGUAUUCCUAUUAUUACCCCUCUGAUUGGAGGGAAUUUGAUUUUCGAGCCCAUGAUUCGGCAUUCAAGGAUCGAUACCUGCAACUACAGAAUGUUAGAGUGAAGUUCAUACCAACAGAGAAAAAGGACAUCCAUGAAGAAGGGCCAUUAGAUGAGGUUGUCAACUUUUUGGUAAAACAUCGAUAUGCUGCACCAAAUCAAAAGGUUACCAUAUAUGACAUGAAGGAGCGAACGAUUGAUGGGAAAAAUUAUUACACCUUUGAGUAUAAACUUAGUUCUAGAGCAUUCUCCCGCACCGCCUUUGCAACCAUAGCCAUUGCAAACGGUAGGUACUACACAUUGGUAGUUGGGGCAAACGACAGAAGGUGGAGAAGGUAUCGCGAUAUGCUUAAAGUGGUUGCUGAUUCUUUCAGGGUGUUGGAUAUCUGAGCUGUUUAUGAAGGGUGUAAAUCUCACCCAGUUUCUCUAUUUAAAAUUUUCCCUCUUCAUUUAAUAUCUAUUGGAAAUUAUUGUAUAUAGUUUGGUAAUAUAUCAAUGUCCUUGUAAGAUAAUAUAAACAUUUGUUAUAAAGAGCUACAAAAGUACCCAAGUUCUAUUCGA